UGCCACGGUCGCCGGUUUUGUUUUCCGCCAUAUCUGGACAUUUUUUGUGGCCGGUCUUUUCUUGUCGUCUCAUUUGCAAACGAGUGCUAACGCUACCCUUUUUAUUCUUAAAAAAAGUCAUCCUCCGGACCGAGAAACGUCGCGCGGCGACCCACACAAAGGUAACAAGAUGACAGACAAGAUAGACAUGUCCUUGGACGACAUCAUCAAGCUGAACCGAGGACAGUACCGGACGACAAGGGGUCGAGGCAGAGGAGCCGGACGCGGUCGCGGCACCUUCGCGGGCCGCGGCGCCGCACGUGGAUUUGGCGCCGGUGCCGGCGGCGCAGUUCGACGGGGAACCCUCCGGGGACGAGUACGCCAACAGCCAUACGCCAGGCCCAAGGAGCUUCCAGACCGGUGGCAGCAUGACAUGUUUGAGGGCGUGGGUACCCGGCGCACCCUGGGGGCCCUGGGAGGCACCACGGCUGGACCGUCCAAGCUGCUAGUCUCCAACUUGGACUAUGGCGUGUCCGACGCAGACAUCAAGGAGCUGUUUGCAGAGUUUGGCCCCCUGCGCAAGGCGGCGGUGCACUAUGACAGGUCGGGCCGAUCUCUCGGUACGGCAGACGUCGUGUUUGAGCGGCGCACAGACUCCGUGCGUGCCAUGAAGCAGUACAACGGGGUACCCCUCGACGGUCGGCCGAUGAACAUCCAACUGGUGACGUCUUCUGUGGGAGCUGCCACCCUCUCUCCGGCGUCGCGGUUGGGAUACGCAGCCAACGUGGGCAACCUUGGCGGUGGAGUCCAGCAACAGAGGACCAGGGGCACUUUCCGGGGUCGCGGCAGAGGUCGUGGGGCUCGUGGCGGCGGCGCCGGCGGGGCUCCUCGGAAGGUCCCGACCGCCGAAGAACUCGAUGCCGAAUUGGACGCCUACGUCAACAAGAUGGAGUGAUGGCCACAUCAUGGGCCACAUUGACCUUCCCAAGCGGGGAAGACCUAGCUUGUCCGGGGGAUGACUUCGAAGAUUUGUUGUCCGUUUCCUCCGGCGGAAGAGAGAAACAAAAAGUCAGCAUUGCAGCAUCACGUUUUGUUUUUUUCAUCGUUCUCAGUUUCUUCGUUGUCCUUUUCAUGUCACGACGUGCACGCCGAAGAUUCAUCCGCAUUCCUCAUCUGGCACAUGUCUGACCCCUCCGUGUUUUGCUCUUCCGCAGAUUUGCGAGUUUCGAAUGUUUUUUUUUAGAGCGAAUUGUCCCCGAUUUGAGGAAUAAAAUGCUAUUUCAAACAUUG